UUUUGUUUUACAAAAAACUAUUUUUUGUCCAAUCAAGAUUUCUAAAAAAAUGGUGGUUCUCUACCAUUUAGUAAAACUAAAACUCAUUUUAUUGUCAAUCAAGAUUUCAACAAAAUAGUUUUCUUAUAAAAUAGAGAAACUAAAUUUUAGAUGUUUAAACAAGGUUUCAAUGAAAAACCAAAAUCCAUGUUUUGUUGGUUUUUUAAAAUGUACACUACUACUUUUUGUAAAUUAUAUAAAUAUAAUAUGUCAACACUAGUUAAAUGAAAACAUAGCAUAUGUUUGUUAAACUCUUUACUUACAUACUUUUGUUUUAUUAUUUAUAUAUAUAUAUAAAAAUAUUUUAAAUUUUAGUAAAAUUAUUUCUUAAGAAAUUCAGUAUGUUUUUAAAUAGACUAAAAUGUUUUGGUAGGAGUCCUAAUUUUUCUUUUUUGCGAUUGUUCAUAUCUCUCCCUCCAUUAUUUCCUUGGAUACAUUAUACAUUAACCCUUUCACUUCAACGAUAAAAUGUCCCCUAUCUGAAAAUCAUCUUUCAGUAUUAUGAGUCAUAUUGUAUGAUGAUCCAAUAAAGAUAAAAACCAAUUUUUGAUAUAAGAACAGAACCAAAAGGAAAACUGUCUUUAUUUUUCCAACAAAUCAGGAAAAAAUUACAAGACCGAAGAGUUUGUAAUAUUUCAAAACAUAAUGUUUUCAACCUGAUCACGGGGAGUUUGUAAAAUAUAAUAUGUCAAGACUUUGCUAUGUACAUCAUCCGUUUCAGUUCCAAUUAAAACCAUCAUUAGAGAGCCUAUAUGAAACAUCAUUUGGAAUCAUCUACUCUUCUCUCCAAAUCCGUCCGGUGACUCUUAACUUGCGCUCUUCUUUGUCACUGCCUGAAAAGAACAAAGCCAUGUUUCUAGGGAUGAUGAGACCGUCCUGACUAUCACGGAACUUCCUGUGACCGUCUCUGAUGCUUCUGGGAAUCCCUUGCCACGUCAGCUUACGGCUGUGAGCUCCAACUUCCAAGCUGUAAUUAAACUUCUUAGCCUCGUUCUCGUCUCCCAUGAACCGCAGAAACGCCAUGUACACCGGCGCUCUCCCCAGCUGAAACGCCUCAAAGUGUAAACAGAACUGUUUGUUAGUAGCCUCCACUUUAGACAUCCUAACCUCGUAAGCUAAGCCUAUCCAGUUAGACUCCAAGGCUUCUUUUUGUAAGUACUGCCACCAGGAGCCAUAGCUUUCUUUAUGGCCUAUUAGCAAUCAAGUGUUAUGGAACUUUCCUAUCUUGUGGUAGAUGAAUAUACUUUUGCUCUCCUGCAGGAAGAUUAAAAAAUUGCAAAUGUAAGUUAAUAUAAUCAUAAGGAAAACAUAACAGUUUUUCACCAAAAACCUCAAAAAGAAAAUAAAGAAAAUGGUAUUUAUAGACAAGCAGCAGGUAACAUGUUGUUCAAAAGUAGGUUAGGAGGACGUAGAUACUUAGUUCACUUGAUCAAGUUUAUUUCUUUAUUUCUGGAAAAAAGGAUCAGCAGGUCUCUUAAACAGUACUAUAUAUUGAACAUCGAGUCUUAUACAUGUCUCGGUCCAACAUUAUAAAACUUAGCAGCCACGUUAAAUUCAAAGAUAAAAUGUCUCGGUCCAACAUUUUGUUUGUUUCCGGCUCGGUGAAAUCCAGAUUCAGCGUUCCGGAGGGAGCUCCGUUCACGGCGGUUCUGAAAUUCGCAGCAGAGGAGUUCAAGGUUCCUCCCCAAACCAGCAUGGAUCUGAACUAAGACUCAUCCCCCGUGAUAGAGUUGGAGCUGCGUUUUGUUAUUGAUCCAAUGAAUCUUGUAAACCGAAUGAGUGAAACACAGUACCAGAAACAUAUUAAAAACUUUUGAAAUAUUGAAAUGGUUAUUGUACAACUUCGAAUAAAAUAUGUCUUAUUCACAUCCUUUUUUAGACAAGCAAGGGAACUGGAUCUGGUUUAAAGUUAUAUCGCUGGGUCUAAUUCAUGGUUAUGUGCUACAUUUAUAUCGUCUAUGUUGUGCACUACACAAAGCUCGAGCAUCUCUUUGAAUGUUUACUUACUCAUUUGGCUAGCGAUUUAUUUUUGUCUAGUCCGUGCGGUGCGUUUACGCUGUUAUAUCCGGUAGUACACUCUAGCCAACAUUAUUGGAUCCUUGUCGGGCUGAUUAAUUAUUAUAGUCGACAAUGCUAAAGGCUCAAGGUAGGCUCCAACAAAGCCACGUCGAUUCUUUCCUUUCUAGGGAAAAAAAAGCUCAAUAUUUUCGUUUAUCAGUGUAGGCCCAACGGGCCUAAAUUAUAAUCAACUGACAAGAAAAGAAAAAAAAAGAGAAGCGGCGAUAAUAAGAGUUCGAAUCUCAACACACCCUCUUAAGAAUUUCAGAUCAUUUUGUAUCUAGUCUGAAGAGAAAUUCAAAUAUCUUUGUUACUAUAAAUAGAAACGUCACACUUUGACCUAAAUGCAAAUUAUCUUCCAUUUUUAAAAACGUUUCGUGCGUCCCACGCAAACCUCGCAUCUUCUCCAAAUUUCUCUCCCCUCUCUUCUUACAACCACCAGAUAAAAUCUUAACCUAACUUCUCCGAUCGUCCCCUAACAAUGUCUUCUCCACUCGCCGCAAAAUCCAACCCAACGACUCGCUCCAUUUCGUUAAACAUCCCACACUCAGCUCGUCCCAACCGCCACCACGAUCUCCGGUACAGCCUCUCCGCUGGUCCUCGUACGAACGAAGAUCGUCCGCAGUCUGGAAACGGCGUUGCCGGAAUCCUCUACAAGUGGAUAAACUACGGCCAAGGAUGGAGACGGCGGUGGUUUGUUCUCCAGGACGGUGUGUUGUCGUAUUACAGAAUCCAUGGCACGGAUAAGAUCUCUCUCUCCGUGGAAAUGGAUCGGAGAUCGAAGCUGAUCGGCGGCGAAUCCUUGCGGUUCAUAUGCCGUCAUAGCAAACGUGGUGAUGUGCAUAGUCCUGGCAAACCGCUCGGUCAAAUUCACCUCAAGGUCUCAUCAAUCGGACAAGGCAUAUCAGACAGCAAGAGAUUCACUGUAUUUACUGGUACAAAGAGUCUGCAUUUACGAGCAGCAUCAAGUGAAGAUCGUACAGCUUGGAUCGAAGCUUUGCAUGCUGUUAAAGAAACGUUUCCAAGAAUGUCAAACGAAGAGUUAAUGGCAACGACAACUAACGUAUCAAUCUCGACCGAUAAGCUAAGACAAAGAUUAAUGAAAGAAGAAGUUGACGAGACAAUCAUCAAAGAUUGCGAAGAUAUAAUGAAAAACAACUUCAUCGCAUUGCAUAAUGAGGUCAUGACGCUUAAACAGUAUCAGUGUCAUCUUGUGGAUACUCUCAAGAACGUUAAUAGUGUACCAGAGCUCGAGUAACAGUUUUUGUAUGAGUUAUCUAUCUCGUCGUUUUAAUUCAUCAUCAGUGAUGUUUAAAGUUGUUCUUUUCAUAGAAAUAAAAUUUGCAUAAGGUGAGAUCAUUUAUUUUAUACUCCCUCUGUUUUUUUAUGUUACAUAUUCU